AUGUCUAUUUACGACGAGAUUGAAAUCGAGGAUAUGACCUUUGAUGAAGACACUCAACUCUUCACUUACCCUUGUCCUUGUGGCGACAGAUUCCAAAUCUUUAUUGACGACUUAGUUGACGGGUCUAACGACAUUGCAGUAUGUCCUAGUUGUUCUCUUCAAAUUCAGGUCAUCUUUGAAGCAUCCGACCUGGAAAAGUAUAUCAAGAAAGAUGAUAGCGACGCCGAAGAAGCAGACGGCUUUUCCUCUGCUCCAGACUUGAUUUGCGCCUAA